AUGACGGAAAACUCGCAGCCAGAGUUUGUGGCUGCUGCGGUUUCAAGCGCUCUCGCCAAUGAUGAUGCCAUUGCAAAUCUGUAUCUCAAACUUCGUCAAGACAUUUUGGAAACCUUCACCGCGACCCAAAAAGAAUUGGCAUCAGAAGGCACUCUCAGCGACCAAUCCAAACUCAAAUUGGAACAGCUUCGAUUCGAAAAGAACAAGUUGGAACUUCAAUACACAGCACACAUCGACAGGCUACUCGCAAACGCCAAUUUUGAAGACAAAAGCUCUGUUAGCCCGUUGAAAAGACUAGAAGAAAAAUAUGACUCAUUAAACAAUUACAAAACUGUGACUGAGGAGGAGAUCCAGCGCUUACAGACUAUCCAGGGACCGGAAAUUGAGAAGAUGCAUCUCUUGGUGGAUAACUAUAACCAAAUCUUAUCGGGGAAGAAUGACCCACUUGCAAAGAAAGAGCUGAAGGAUAGCAGUGCUUUGGUGGACAGCGCGAGCUUCACAUUCACCGAAGAUGAAUUGAAAGAUUUCAUGAAGGAUUCAGAGGAGAAGUUUGCUAAAUUCUUCACUGACAAGGGGCUUACUUCACGCGAGAUGCUGGACAUUGACGUGACUCUUCAGCUUCAAGCUCUUCUAAAGGAAAGCAAAGGAUUCAGAAGUGUAGAUGACCAGACGUUCCAGUACUUCAAAGGGUCUGGGAAAGAUUUAGGUGGUGUUUCUGUUCCAAUGAGCGAACUUGAGCAGACUAUCGAAGCUCUUAGUGCUGAAAUCAUUGCUGUCGUGGAAGAAACUCAGCAGGCGAAACACAGUUGGGAGAGAAAUGCGCGAAUGUUGGAGCUGUUGGAGCUGUUGAAGGCUGAGGCGGUAGAUCAAAUGGACGUUGACAAUUGA